AUGGCGUCGGAAAGUGCAAAUGCAGAUGUGGUACACAUAAUACUCUAUAGAGGUACAGAGCAAUUGCAAGCAGUCUUAUCAAGAGACUUGUACGAGAUGGUGAACGACCCUAACUGCGACCCAAAUCUUAAGGAGCAGGUAUAUAAAGCUGCGGUUAACAACACAACGUCAAGUGACACAAGUAGACCAAGUACAACGUCAAGUGACACAAGUAGACCAAGUACAACGUCAAGUGACACAAGUAGACCAAGUACAACGUCAAGUGACACAAGUAGACCAAGUACAAGUAGCAGUAGUUGCUCUUCCCCAGUAAACGGACCUGAAAAAGUUCAUAUUUGGAAGGAGUGUGAAGAGAAAGAAUUGAUCUCCAUCAGAUCUGACAUGGAAGAAGAGUUUGAACAAGUUAAAAACCAUGAUGUUUUGUGGAAUCGGAUAACAAAAACAUUAAAUAACCACAAAGUCCCUGUUACUUGCAACCAAGUUAAAAACAAGUGGAAAAAUUUGAAGAAAACCUACAAAAAAGUAGUUGAUGAUAAUCAAAAAACGGGAAACAAGAAAACUACAUGGAAGUAUUUUGAAGAAUUUAAUUUACUGUAUGGAAAUAGAGCUUCAACAACUGCUAAGGUAACAUAUGACAGUGUAAAGGGGACACUGAACAGUCCACAGUCAGAAGAAAGUUCUGGUGAACAUGGUCAAGGAGCACCUGCUUGUUCUGCAUCCACAUCUGCACAUCAGAAUACUGGUAAAAGAAAACCAUCAAAAAGUGUAACUGGUGAUCAUGAAUUAGAGUUCAAAAAUCCCAAAAAAGCAAAGUUGGCAAAUGUUGUUGACAAAUUAACUGCACAAGGCGAUGAAAUGAUCCAAGAAAUGCGAAAACAACAUGAGGCAAAGAUGAAUCGCUUUGACAAGCUACUGGACUUGCUAGGAAAAAGAAAUUAAAUCUGCGUUAAUGUAUUUCUCAUUCAAUUACUGUAUUCAUUCCAUUUUGCCCAGCAAAUUUUGUAUUAUUUAAUGUUUGUCAAAGGAUCAAAUUCAUAUUUUUUAGUUCAAUAGUGAAUUCUUUUGUUUUAUAAUAUGACAUCAGACUUUGUCCAUCAUUUUUGUGAAUUUUUCUUGAUGGAAAAAAAUGAAAGCUUUUUGGAAGUUUUUCUUUUAAGGAAUAUUCAUUCAAUGUUGCCAAGCAUAUGUUUUGUAUAUUUAAUGAAUGGUUUAUAUUUAUACUCCUCGCAAACAAAGUUUCAGAUGGUAUUUAGGAAUCACCUUGUCCAUCUGUCUGUCUGUGCAAUCGUGUCUGGUCCAUAUCUCUCUUAUGAAGAAACAUUGGAUGUUCCUACUUUACAUAAAGAUCGGUUAUGUCAUUUUAAAGAAAAAUGCAUAAUUCCUUUCUAGUUUAUACCUUGUAUUGCUUGUAAUGGAAUUGAUUGGAUCUGAAGCUAAAGUUGACACUGAGAAUUCUUGUGAUCUGUAAAUAAGUAUUGAUUGUGAACUUUGGUCAUUUUUGCCAGUUGAAGGUCACUAAGAAAAA